ACUGAUGGGGAGUGUGUCAUGCUCCCCAGUCACACAUGGGGGGGGGGUGCGUGGGGUAGGCCUUGGUUGCUUCACUGGGGCCCAGGAACUGGGGGUGCUGGGGCCUGUCAAGGGUCUGGGAAUGUGGGGACCAGCAGCCUGACACUCCCGCCUCCCCCCCAUUCCCCGCUGAGAGUCUGGCCCUGUGCCAGAAGCAGGCUCAGCAGGUCCCAGGGGUGUGGUGGCCUCUGGUAGAGUCGGCCUACAUAGUCCGGCGGGCGGUGCGGCAGCCCAGUCCUCCUGGGACACGGCGGCUGGCAUGAGCUCACUGCUCUACUACGCACUGCCUGCCCUGGGCAGCUAUGCACUGCUCUCCAUCCUGUUCCUGCGCAGGCCUCGCCUGCUGCAUGCACCCCCGGCGCCCGCCUUCCGUCCCCGCCUGGCGGCCCACCGGUCAGGAUCGGGGGAGCGGCUGGAGAACACCAUGGAGGCCUUGGAGAACUCCAUGGCCCAGCGGGCAGACCUCAUAGAGCUUGACUGCCACCUGACCAGGGACAGAGUGGUGGUGGUGUCCCACGACGAGAACCUGUCCCGCCAGUCGGGAGUUAACAGGGAUGUGGGCAGCCUGGACUUUGAGGAGCUGCCCCUCUACAAGGAGGAAUUGGAAGUGUACUUCUCACCAGGCCAGUUUGCACACGGGACUGACCGACACAUGGUGCGCCUGGUGGACAUGUUCCAAAGGUUUCCUCGAGUGCCCAUGGUUGUGGAAAUCAAAGGGGAGAACGAAGAGCUCAUUCACAAGGUAGCAGACCUGGUGAGGCACUUUGACCGCAGUGAAAUCACCAUCUGGGCCUCUGAGAAGAGCUCAGUCAUGAAGAAGUGCAAGGCUGCUAACCCCGAGAUGCCAACCUCCUUGACCGUCAGCCGGGUGGUCUGGGUCCUGCUGCUGUAUUACCUGGGGCUGCUGCCCUUCGUGCCCAUCCCUGAGAAGUUCCUCUUGUGCUUCCUGCCCACCAUCAUCAACAGGACCUACUUCCCAUUUUCCUGUCCUGCACUGAACAAGCUGGCAGCUGUGGCUUUCAAAUGGAUCAUCAUGAGGAAAAGUCUGAUCCAACACCUGGAGCAGCGAGGGGUACAGGUUGUGUUUUGGUGCCUGAAUGAAGAGUCUGAUUUUGAAACAGCCUUCAGCUUGGGGGCCACAGGCGUCAUGACAGACUACCCCACCGCCCUCCGGCACUACCUGGAUAGACACAGGGGCACCUCCUAAGGAGCCUACACCUCUCUAUCUCCAACCUCCAGUAAACAAAUCUUCCCUUCCCA